GCCGUGCGCCGGGGUCCUUUCACACAUGCUGUCUCUGAAGCCACGCGCUGUGAGAGUGAGAACUUAGAGAGUCCGGAACCGAGAACCGAGCCAGGAACCGAACCGAGCUAUGCCGAAAUCCAAGCGGGACAAGAAGGUUUCAUUAACCAAAACAGCCAAAAAAGGUCUGCAGGCGAAACAAUCCCUGAUAGAAGAGCUGCGGAAAUGCGUGGAUACGUACCAGUAUCUCUUUGUGUUGUCCGUUGAAAACAUGAGAAAUAACAAACUGAAAGAUGUGCGUAACGCCUGGAAACACAGCAGAUUAUUCUUUGGAAAGAACAAGGUGAUGAUGGUUGCCCUGGGGAAAGGACCAUGUGAUGAGUACAAAGAUAAUUUGCACAAGCUCAGCAAGUGUCUGAAAGGAGAGGUCGGGGUCUUGUUCACCAAUCGAACGGCGCAGGAAGUGAAAGAAUGGUUUGACCAGUUUAAAGAGACAGAUUUCUCCCGCGCUGGUAAUAAAGCCACACACGAUGUGGUUCUCGAUGUCGGACCUUUAGAACAGUUCCCACAUUCUAUGGAACCGCAGUUACGGCAACUAGGACUUCCCACGGCCCUGAAGAAAGGAGUGAUCACGCUGCUGUCUGAUUACGAAGUGUGCAAAGAAGGAGAUGUACUAACACCUGAACAAGCUCGGAUUCUGAAACUGUUUGGCCAUCAAAUGGCAGAGUUUAAAGUUACCCUAAAAGCCAAGUGGAUUGCAGAAACAGGAGAGUUCCAACGUUUUGUUGAAGAAAAGGAUGAUCAGAGCGGGGACGAGAUGGAGGAAGAAGAAGAAGAGGAGGAAGAGAAAAAAGAUUAAAGAGACUUACACAUCAGAACUGGUGAUAGAGCAGCUCCUGUUUUAACUAACACUCGUGUGAUUCAGUUCCUGCAUUCUGGGUUUGGGCCCUUAGUACAGUAGGAAUCUGUAUCAAUUUUCUAGCAGACACUAGGUGUGAAGGUUAUGGGACAUUGAAAAUGUAAUUGUUUUCUUUGCUGCAGAUCAAAGCGUUUUCCCCGCUGUUGACUACACUUUGUUCUAGAUAACAUUUUCUUGUGUAAAUACCUGCAAGUGGUACCGGGACCCCUUCCCCUCCGACAUAUUAAGCAGAAUAGUUGGCUGUGGGUCUGGCCCUUGCAGCUUCCGUCUUUCUUUAAGUAUUUUUGGAACAUCUUCUCCGCCUUGUGUUGACCCAGCUGUAUAAUAACCUCUCCAGAGCAAUGUUACUGUGUUUUAACAGAUGACAUUUGUAACAAAAUAUGUUUAUAAAAUCCAACUGAUUUUAAUCUCA